GUACCGGUUCAAAUGAUGAAAUUUGAGUGUUUACAAUCAGACCACGGUUAAAGUGAUUUUCACAGACACUUCAGUUACCAGUUUUUGAACACAGACAAUACACACACAUCACAAAUUUCUACAUUGAGUGAACCAAAUAAAACGUUUAAUUUUACUUUGUGGAGAGAAGGUAUAGUUAAAAUAGUGUUGGUGAAGAUGCGGCUACAAAGUAUGCGGGUUCAAGGGAGGGGGAAAUCCUACAACAUUUCCCCUCCUUCCCUCCUGUUAAUCUGCUCCCUUUUCCUUCUUCCCCUUCUCCUGUUUUCGGUCAUUCCAGUAGCAACAGCAGGAAACAGCAAUGUUAAAUUAGGAGAUAGUGAGCCAGAAAAUGCUAAAAAUGAAGGAUCCUGUUUCUGUAGGAUAGACUCAGGAGUACUGGAUGAUUGUCCUUGCACUAUUAGUACAAUAGAUCAGUUCAAUAAGGAUAAAAUAUAUAACAAGGUGACUGAACUUGUUGGGAGGAAUUUCUUCCGAUAUUUCCAAGUCAACUUUAACAAACCUUGUAAAUUUUGGCCUGACGGAGAUGGCCAAUGUGGAAGUCGGAACUGUGCAGUAGACACCUGUCCUGUUAGUGAGGUACCUGAGCACGUUCUCAACCACAAGGACGUGGAGAAGGACGUGAAGGAGACCCACAGCCCGGUCUCCUAUUUGCAGGAGAAGUUAAAGGAGUUCCUGCCCCUGGUGGAACCCCUAGUUGUCUACUUCAAACAGUUUGCAGAAGACUAUUUGCCUUCUCAGACAGAGUGUGAAGGUGAACCUCUUCCCUCCUAUCACAAGGUUGAUACCCAGCUUCCAGCAAAUAGUGCUGAACUAGUUGAUGAAUGGUGUACCCUAGACCCUCUAGACUCACAGGAGGGAUGUGAUUACAUUGAUCUACUGAGGAACCCGGAGAAAUUUACUGGAUACAGGGGUCCAUCUGCCAACAGAAUAUGGAGCAAAAUCUACAGCGAGCUGUGUUUCACCCAGGAAAAGGAAGGAGAUCUGUGUCUAGAGGAAAAGACCUUGAACCGUAUAGUAUCUGGUCUACACACCUCUAUAACGGUGCAUACAUGCAGAAACUAUCUUCUACAGGAGGAGGAUAUACUCAGGGGGAAACCAGCAGUCUGGGGUCCUAAUAUCCAGGAGUUCCAUCGAAGAUUUGACCCUGCUUUGACCGGCGGCCUGGGGCCUGAAUGGUUAAGAAACGUCUACUAUCUUUACCUAUUAGAGCUCAGAGCUAUCGCCAAGGCUGGAGAAACUUUGAACUCCCAGCACUACGGGGAUCCGGAGACCUCAGAGCAGGUUUCCCAACUCAUCCUGGCCGUCCAGGAGUUCAAGUCCAGUGUGAAGGACGAGCAGGAGUUGUUUGAUCCGCAGGACCUCAGCAAGGUUGAGAUUUUGUCCCAGGUGAAACGCAAGUUUCGAGAUAUUUCCCAUUUGAUGGACUGUAUGGGAUGUGAAAGGUGCAAGGUUUGGGGUAAACUCCAGGUUACCGGGAUAGGAACUGCUCUCAAGAUCCUGGUUACACCUGGAGCUCAGCUCCGUCUCACUAGGCACGAGGUAGUGGCCCUCAUCAACGGGUUCGCCAGGGUCUCCACCAGUAUUAUGGAGUUAGAGGCAUUCAGAAAUAUAUAGAAAAGUCUCAUUGUUUUAUUUUACAAGGGUCGUUAAAAUGAACUGGAAUAAAAAGUUGUUUUAUUCCGCUUGGUUUUUAGGGUUGUUCAGUAAAGAUUUUUCAAUCUAUUUCUAUAAAGAUUCAUCCAGUUUUAAUAAUUAGUGGCAGCAUUCAGUAAUCAGUAACUACCAAACAUUUGUUUUAUAAUAACUUAACCAUAUAUUUCGAUUGUCAUAAGAUUACAUGCAUCGGUACUUGAAAUAUGAAGAUAUUACUUUACUUGGCCAUUGUCAAAGGCUGACUAAAAUGAUCAUCUUUUGUAAUUGAAAAAAAAACUCACCACAUUGGGUUUUUAAUAAAUAUAAUUUUAUAAUUUAUAUACAUAAAAAAAUGAUUGUUUAUUUAAAAUAUUGUAAUAUGAAAUUACCAAAUAUACUAUUAUAAUUUUC